GGCGCCUCGUCGUCGUCCGGGAAAUGACGAUUCUACGCGAGUGGGGUGGUUUGUUGUGAGUGAGUGACGGUGGAGCAGCCGCUACUCGCUCUGGCUCUGUUCGUUGUGUUGUCGUUUGCUGGCGAACGUGUCAGCUGGGUGUCCAGAUGACGAGGGGACACGAGAAAGGUGUCGCCACUCGAGACUAGGCGAUUUCACGUGUUCGUAGACGUAGCUUUAGUUUGCUCUUGAUUAAUUGCGUCCUACUUUUUAUUCCUUUCCACUUUGUUUGAUUUAGCGUGUGUACAGUUUCACUCGGUUUCAGUGCUGAUGAUUGAUAUCUAUUAUAUCUACAAGCCGGUGUCUAAAUCUAUUUCUGCUGAUUUUUAAUUAAUGUAACAAGUCUGAGCGACCUAUAACUUGACGAUUAAGAUAGUUAUGCUGCUACCUUAUUUCUAAUUUAUGACAUCGAUAGCUGGGAUGCCGACCAUGGAAUCUCAGUCUGACGAGCGUGAUCAUCCUGGCGCUGUCGAACAUGCUGCUGACGUUCCUGCUGUUGCAAUCGGAGACUUGUGUGCCGGAGAUUAUUCCACAGAAAGUGAUAGAGGUGAGCGCCGUCACCGAAUGGAAUCUCGGUACCCUCGUCAAGCAACAGGAACAGCAACAGGAACUGCCAGAAUGCAUCACGCAGGAUUAUCAACCGAUGUCACCUGACGCUAACAGUCUGCGGUUGGAUAUCAAGCUUGGUAGAUGGGACGCUCGGCGGAUAUUCCGAACGUUCGACUCGGUGCUGGUCGGCAGCAAAUUCACGGAACUGUCGCAGACCUACCGGGUGUGUCUGGCUACCCAGAGUUCCGUGGAGAAGCUGCAUUCGCUGGUGCAGGUCGCCCUACACUGGACCGGACCGAUGUCCGUGGCGCUUUACGCUGCUGGCGACGAAGAGUUCGAGGUGCUGCAGCGUUAUUUGGUGUACCUGAGAAGAUGCUACGAGUCCAUCAGAGAGAGGGUGAUUUUCUCUCUGGCUGUGCCGAAGGUGCGACCGCCUAAGAAGCAACCGCGCGUCUUCGAGCUACCGGACAUUAUCGAUUGUGCCAAACCGGAAGCCACCCUGAACGAGUUCGCGAGUCAUAUAUCUAGCGAGCAGACCAACUGGCGAAUACGAAACGUUUAUCCGCAGAACCAUAUGCGUAACUUAGCGCGCAAGAACUGCCAGACGGACUACGUGUUUCUGACGGAUGUUGACAUCGUGCCGAGCUUCAAUCUAUCGCUCGCGCUCGACGAGUUUCUCAGAAGCGACAACUGUGAUAAGUGCGCUUAUGUAAUACCCACGUAUGAGUUGGAUACGCGCAUGAGAUUUCCCCAAAAUAAGACGGAACUGAUUAGACUGGCGAGGAAGGGCUUAGCGAGACCCUUUCAUCAAAAGGUCUUCAUACAUAAUCAAUUCGCUACAAAUUUUACAAGGUGGCUGCAGGACGUGUCACCAACCCAUAAAUAUCAUGAAAACGUAAAGACCGGUAAGGUCUACGUUAGUCAUGACGUGACGAAUUUCGAAUUCCUUUACGAGCCGUUUUACGUGGCGAAAGAUAUCGCGCCGUCUCACGAUGAGAGGUUUAUGGGAUACGGAUAUACGAGGAAUACCCAGGUUUACGAGAUGUACGUGACGGGUUAUCAGUUCAAAGUGCUAUCGCCUGUAUUUACGGGCCACUGGGGACUACAGACCAGGAAGAGCAGGCCCGCCUGGCGCGAGCGUCAGAACAGUGCCAACAGGAAACAAUUUGAGACGUUCAAGAAGGAAGUAUUCGCUCGUUAUAUGCGAGAUCCGCUGAAGAUGAUGAAGAACGCUAACUGACGAAAGGUCCAUUGAGGGUCUCGUUGACUCUCGAGACUUCUCCGCUGUCAUUUACGUUCGUCCUUAUAUAGACUCGACACACACAUCGAAGAAUCCAGAAUAGAAUUAGGCCUCUGGCUUUUUGUCAGCGCUCACAUCAUUUAACGUAGUCGAUAGAUUCCAAAGUGUUUCACGUGAGUCAACGAAUAACUCAUCCUUUAUCUUCUGUUAUUAUUUUCAGGUGAUGCAUUGCGUGCAAAUCUUUUCAUCAACUUUAUUGAUUCCCAUAAUAUUAUUUAUUGUACAAAUUGCUUCAUAUUUUCUUUACCCAUUUGCGGUGUAGUCUCUCAUCGUAAUAAUCUUUGGUUGUUUAUGUAUGUGUGUUUACAUAGAAUUGAUCGCCAUCUUUCACGAAGGAUAGUUGAUUUUACCCUUCGAGCGGGAACAAUGAUGAAACCGUAUUAAGCGACGGAAUGCUUCAGUAUGCUCGAGAGAGUAGAUGCCAGAUCGAGUAACCGCGAUUCACGCUACUUAUCGAACCUUCCGGUUCAUCGAUUCCACUAGGUGAAACCAACCGCGGAAACUCUUGUUACUUCUACUCACGAUUCCCCAAAGUCAUCAGAGACCGCGCCAUACGGGAUCGCGGAAUAAAUAUCUUCUCGUAAGUUUCGCGGCACGUACUCGCACGAGGAGCGGGAAAACGCGGGCGGGAGAUCUUAAGUGAGCGUACCUCGUUAGCUGUCUGGGGCUUAAGAGAGGGUGGCGUUUAAAUCCAAAAUCGAUACUCCGCUUGACGCCGGCGUAGCGCCCCGAACGUAAAAUAAACAAAUAGCAUAAACCAUCACCAUGCCGUAUCGUUUUGAUUGCAUAGAAGGAAUUAUUGCAUCAUAUAUAUACAUAUAUAUGUAUAUAUACAUAUAUGCAUGUAUGUAUGUAUGUAUGCUCCAAAUCACAAUUCCUUUUAUCUGGACGGAAUUUUUGACCAAUAUCGAGUAAAUCAAUUUUUCUUCAACAACAAAAAAUUGUAGAGCACAUCGAUUUUUUAUAACAAGAAUUUACAAACAAAAAAUUUUACAAAUUAUAGGAAAUUUUAUGAAUAAACUUUUAAA